CAAUUCAAGCAUUGACCUGAUGAACACUGGUUUAUGUUUUAACAGUCCACGCGGACGAAAGGUAAAUUAGCACAGCAGCUAGCUAGGUAGCUAACUUUAAAGUCAGCUCAUCUGUUAAUAUCAACGCACUGCAGGCAGGUUUCCAGGAAAUACCGACUUAUCGACAUCUGAAAGCAUGACAGAUACUGAAGAUCGGAUAGAGACCGAGCUCUCACCAUCAGGACAAGGUGCAUUUGAAAGCGGACCGCAGGAGAGCCUUCAGAGUUCUGGGGGGGAAGACGUGGAUGAUGAGCCUCUGGCGCCACCCGGUGGUUACUGUGAGGCCUGUGGAGAUUGGAAUGUCGGAGGCACUGGCAUCCAGUCCAUGAAGAAGCUGCUCCAGUUCUACAUGAGAACAGCAGAUGACUUACACGACUGUCUUGUGAAUGGGCAGGGUCAUCUAGAGAGAGAGGCUCUUGCUGCUGCGGUGCCAUGUUUGCUGUACAUGUGUCAAAAUUACUUUAACCACGUGGAAUCCACAGAAAGGGGCAUGAUGCCCCAAAACACUCCUCUGCCCUUUAACAUCUCUACGAGGCUGCAGGACUUCUCUCAACAGCUGUGUGACAGGUUGGAGCAGCUGGUCUUAACCUACGCCAGCUAUGGUCUCCUCAGUCUGGAUGAGACUGACCCUAACAGCGCGUCACACUUCUGCAUUGGUCAGUUUAAGCUUGGCCGACUGAGACUGACUGUGUUCCGCUACUGUAAGCCGACACCAUACCUGGCCAGAGUCGACACCAGUUUGUACAAACGCAUGCGUUGGAAUGUGGACAGGCUGCGAGACGAGCAGCAGCAGACAGAUGAAGAGCAGAGUGGAGAGAGUGAGAAGGCGGAGACCAAAACAGUUGGGGACACAGAUUAUUACUUCCUGUGCUAUGAGGAUAUUCCCAAUGCACAUGCAGAGAAUGAGGGGGAUGUGGUGAGGAUGUGGACCAUCGGUCGGUGGGUGCAGGUGAAUCCUGAUCCCGACUCAGAGGACAUCUGUGACUGGAUCACGUGCGAGGUUUCUCAGGCCAACUAUGAUAGGUUAUUGUUCCUGGGCAGCAACGAGCCGACGAGCCACAGCGCGACAGACCACCUGCAGCAGCUGCUGGCAUCACAAUACAUAACAGACUGAGAGUGCACUAACACACACACACACACACACACAUAGUGAGUCUCUGGGAUACAACAUUCUUAAUGGGUCAUAGGAUGUACAGCUGGAGAUCAAUGCUCAGCCUUGCUAUUUUGCAGACACGUGUCACUGAAGGCAUUUGCUUUUAUCUUCUGACCAGCAGUGGUUUCUUAAGUUUUAUUCUCAGGUUCUGAAAAUAUUCAUACUAAAUAUUGUGAUGAGUCUUGGAUGUUGGAUGCACAAUAUUUUGUCACUUUUUUCUGUGUGUUAAUGUAUGUUUUACAAGAUUUUAAGAGUUUGCAAAUAUUUUGCUAAGUUAAAAAACAUUUUUAUGACAUUUGUAGGAGCAUGUUACUGUGCUGAGAAGACAUGUAGUAGCAUUAUUUAAAAAAACCCCAAAACUUUAUUUACAUUAAACAUUGCAUUGAAAUAAUUACACAGAAUCACAAUGUCUUUCUGAAAGCCAGAGACAAAAAAAAAAGAAAAAAAAAAAGAAGAAAUCUUUACAUUUAAAACAAGCUGCCAUGAUAUUGGACCCACAAGUAGAAUGCCCAAUUGACUUCAUUUCAGUAGGCUUAUGUUUUAUUUAAAUCAGUACACAUUAAGCUCAACUUCAUUCUUAAUAAAUAUCCAAAAUGGGAGACUUAAAAACUUUGAGACCAGGUAACAAAUCAACAUUUUUUUCUAUUUGAAGUUCAUCCCACUGUGGUCAGUUUGACGUAACUCAUCAGUUCUGUUGACUGGACAUAGAGAAAGACAUUUUACUUGAAACAAAAGAAUAAAACUACCAUUUACAA